AUGACUAUUAAAACCAUAUAUAUUGCCCGCCACGGCUACCGUGCCAACUGGUUACCGCCACCGCAUCCUCCUAAUCCCUCGGGAAUCGAUAGUGACCCUCCUUUGGCACCUCAUGGUAUAGAUCAAGCCAAGCAAUUGGCGUCUCAUAUUCAACAAUUUCCCGACGACAAGAAACCUCAGAUCAUACUCAGUUCGCCUUUUUAUAGAUGUGUGGAAACGAGCCAGCCUAUAUCGCGUGCUUUGGGACUUCCAAUUGCCAUUGAGCGUGGUGUUGGUGAGUGGUUCAAGAAGGACCGCGAUACCAUUCCUGAGCCGGGGAACUACGAUUUACUUCAACAAUUCUUUCCCGAAUUGGGCACCGCUGAAAGCUGGGACAGAGACAAUACUGUGGGUGUAAUUCCCAGCUUGAAGGGUGAAGACGAGAGUGAUAUCUUUGAGCGGGCACAACAUUUUUGGAAGGCUUUUUUCGCCGUGAUGGAGAAAAAAUUUCCCCACAUUGAGAGAAUUUUAAUAGUUACCCAUGCUGCUACCAAAAUUGCCCUUGGAAUGUCGUUACUCGGGAAACUGAGUGUGUACGAUGCUGUGGACGAAAAUGGUACUUUGCUCAAAGCUGCAACCUGCUCAUUGGAUACCUAUGAGCACCAACAGAACAUGUGGGUUUUAACAGUCAAUGGAAACUGUGACUUUUUAGACGAGGGUGAAGAAAUGAACUGGAACUUCCACUACAAAUUCGAAGCAGGCUCGGACGAGGAUAUUAAGAUGCGCCAACAAGAGGCACAAGCGGCCAAUGAUGAGUUUCAGGUAAGUAAAUAG